GCUGCACUCUCUAGCCUUAUACCGACUUUUUCGCCUCUUGUUGGUUACUUUGAUCAAAAGACCUGGUCUUGACCCAAAUUGCUGUACAGAAGACUGCCUAUACAUAGCAAUCAUGGCAACUGCAGCUGCUGUAUACCCUCCGCUUGACCAGCGCCCGGUCAAGAACACAGUCCUACUCUUCGAUGUCGAUGACACGCUCACAAAGCCCCGUCAACUGGUGAGCCCUGAGAUGCUUCAAUUGCUCUCGGAACUCCGCCACAAAGUUGCCAUUGGCUUCGUUGGCGGCUCCAACCUGGCCAAGCAGCAGGAGCAACUUGGAGGUGCAGUCGAUGUCACAUCUCUGUUCGACUAUUGCUUUGCUGAGAACGGACUUACCGCCAUCCGAAUGGGCGAGACUCUGGCCAGUCAGAGCUUCAUCGCCUGGAUUGGUGAAGACAAGUAUAAGGCGCUGACCAAGUGGAUCCUUCACUACAUCGCCGACCUCGAUAUUCCCAUCAAGCGUGGUACCUUUAUCGAAUUCCGCAAUGGCAUGAUCAACGUUUCUCCCAUCGGCCGUAACGCCUCGACCGAAGAGCGAAACGAGUACCAAAAAUACGAUCUCGAGCACAAGAUUAGGGAGACCAUGGUCGCAAAGCUCAAGGAAGCUUUCCCUGACUAUGGCCUUACCUACUCUAUCGGUGGCCAAAUCUCGUUUGACGUUUUCCCUACUGGCUGGGACAAGACCUACUGCCUGCGACACAUUGAGGCGGAGAAGGACAUCUCAGGAAUUGUCUACGACAAGAUUCAUUUCUUCGGUGACAAGGCAUACGAGGGCGGAAACGACUGGGAAAUCUACAGCGAUAAGCGAACCAUUGGACACAAGGUCAAGAACCCAGACGAUACCUACGCACAGCUACAGGAGCUGCUGAAAAGCUUUCAAUAGGCGUAGUUGCUUAUGAGAAAUGACGAUUUAUUUGACCAUAGUGUGGUCGACGAGUGUGUCUGCUUGCACAACACAUCUGAGGAAGCACAGACGAUGUGACGAGUUAAGAAAAACACAUGACCCAAAAGCAUUUGAUCAAUAGUCCGGUAUAUCAACCAGUCUCACU